AUGGACAUGGACCGAUCAGCAGUCGACUUUUCCUCGAAUAGUCCCCGAAUUCUCGCCAUUGUGGGCAGUCUAACGGCCUUUGCUGGGUUCCUGGUUCUGUUGCGGUGCUAUGUCCGGCUCUUCGUUCUGCGGCGUUUCUACGUCGAGGAUGGAAUCAUGGUUGCUUCAAUGAUCUGCUCCUUUGGAGUCCUUGCAUGUUUCGUCGGCGAGAGUCACCAUGGCCUGGGCCAGUAUAUGGCCGCCAUCUUCAUGAACAACGACUUUGGGAUGCUAACCAGAUGGUUUUGGGGCCAUGCGAUCAUCAUCGUGUUGGGAAUCAGUCUCGUCAAGAUCUCCAUUGGGUUCUUUCUGUUGCAGUUCGCAGCCCAGAAGAAGGCCCUGAAGCGGUUCAUUAUUGGAUCACUCGUAUUUCUGCUUCUAUUCACGAUCGCCUGCAUGCUGACCUUGAUCCUGCAAUGCAUCCCCGUAGAAGCCGCCUGGGACUCGGCUGUCAGGGCACAGGAGGGGACAAGAUGCUACUCGUCUGCGACUUACCUGAAGAUUGGCAAAUUCAACAGCGUCCUGACACGCCGGCAAGCAAUCAAUAUCGUCACUGACUUUCUCUACGCCACCCUCCCUGUCUUCAUGUUCUACGAUAUUCAGGUCAACCGACGCACAAGGGCAUCGCUCAUGUGUAUCCUGAGCUUGGGCUACUUUGCCUGCGCCGCCGCCAUCGUAAAAGCCGUUCUCCAGAGCCGCGUCUACGAGGAGACCGAGCCGUACCGCGACGCAACAUACCAUAUCUGGAACUCAGUCGAACUCAACGUCGGUAUCAUUGCCGCCUGUUUCCCCACAAUCAAGCCUCUAGUCAAGAGCAUUAUCGGUGGCACCCGCAGCCUGACCGGGUACGGAUCGCGGUCGCGGAAACGCACCGGAGUGACAGGGACCGGCAACGCCUACUACGGCCCGAACAGCCACGUUCUCGGCAGCAUGCCUCGAAGUCGAAUGGAUCCCGAGGAGCAGAAAUACCACGUCCAGAUCCAUGCAAACCACCCGUCAAUAUCCGAGUCUGAUGGCGGGAGCGAAGAGAACCUCGCGAGCACGGCGACGAGGCGGAAAAGCCCCAUCAAUAUCAAUACGCGGAUCGUGCAGACAACAGAAGUGAUUGUACAUACGGAGGAUGGGACGGAUGACCAUGGGGCGUCGUCUAUUGGGCCAAGAAGGACGAUCGAGGAUCGAAUAUAG